AUGUCCCAUCCUAACAUGGACAUCAUUGUGGAUGGGGUGGACCUGGUAGUGACAGUCCGCGGGGCAGUUGCAGCCGUGAAAGCUGAGUUCUUUGUGGUUCGCUUUGGCGGAGAAGCAGACGUAGUUCCCCGAGCUGCACAGGCGGAGAGCCGUGAGCUUGCGGCUUUGAACUUGCCGAGCCAUGCCGCGGCCAGGACCACACGGCUGGCAGAGUCAUAUGCGCAGACCUCACGGCAGGAGGGCUUUGCGGACCUUUGCUACUCCGUCACCUUCAACGCCCAGUCCUCACGAAGCGAGCCCCUGGCAGCGAAGUUUGGCUAUGCUCCGGUGACCGCGGCUGCUCAGGCGGUGGCAGUGCAAAACCUUGCAGCCUCGGAGGCGCCUGUCCGGGGAGUUGGAAGGCUGUACUGGCAGAGUGGAUGGCGGGCGGCAAAGCUGAGAGGCAUCCUGCCGGAAGCUUUGACCGCCAAGGUGAGCUGGAGGUGGAACCUGUUCGUGGAGGAGCCGAAGGAGUCCUCGCCGGAGCUGGUUUUGUCCUCGGACUUUCGGGAAUCCAUGGGGGAUAAGAACCAGGACAGCUUCCGGGUCACUUGGGAUGGGGACUUUGCUACCUGGCUGGACUUCGCGCGGAAGGAGAUUGACCACAAACGUUUGAGCCAGCACGACGGUGCGAAGUAUCUCCUGGACUACUUGGAGAAUCGCCUCGCCAAGACUCCCGUUCCUGAUGCCGGUGUUCGAGCAGAGGAGCUGUUGCUGAGGACGGCUGGGAUGGAUGGCCUCUCGAUCCACGGGAAGCCUUUGGAGAUGGAGAAGAUGAGCCUGAUGAAGAAAGCGGAGAUCCUCGAUCAGAGGGCUGCACUGACAUCGGCACAACGUCUGAAUGUGCUGGCUUCCAUCCACAACAGCCUGCACAGCGCCGAUGUCGAGCGCGGUCUGAGAGCGGUGGAGGAGGAGCUCACCCAUCCGGAUCAAUCCGGAGGCCGGAAAGGAAAAGGUGGUGGAAAAGGGCGCUCCUUCUGGGUUGAGGAAGAUGGAGAGUGGGGCAUCUUCAUGGGCACGGAGCUGGAGGUCGAGGAGUUCGUCGACCUGAACCAGGUCCACUGGGUGAACAAGAACCCCAUGCAGGACUACCCCACCAAGACGCAAGAGCACAACCUAGAGAGCGUGAUGGAAGACGGCUUCUGGAACCAGGAGGAAGACGGUGGCUACUCCUGGUGGGACUCUGGCGGGGACGGCGAGUACUACCACCAGGACAUCUCUGGUACCUACUGGGCAUGGUCCGACUGGGAGACGCAGCAGCAGACUUCGUUGAUGGUGGCUCCCGAGCAGCUGAAGGAGGUUCAGGAAGCCUACGCGGCCUACGAGCAGAAGGCCCGGACGUUUCAGGAGGCUCGGAGAGUCAUGGCUGCCAAAGGAGCCAACCGGGGAUUCUACCCCUCAAAGGGAGGAAAAGGCAAAGGUGGGAAGUCAUCUGGGAGCUACUUCGUGGAAAGCCACCUGGGCAUCUUCAUGCUGCGAGAGGAGCAGAUCGAGUUGGAGGAGGGAGGCGAUGGAGACGUCAGGUUCAACCCGGACUUGAUCGGCAUGACGAAAUCGGAGAUCAUCCUGGACCCUGCGGAGGUCUUCCAAGCCCCAGGUUCCCCGAGGAUCCCUACAUCCUUGUGGACCCCCAGAGUGGCACUCGCUCAGUUCCCCGAUGAUGGUCUUCCUGGAGGUGGAGAUCAGACGACCUUGGACGCCGGGGACAUCCUGUACCAGGAGAAGAUUCCGGACCCCAUCAUGAUUGCGGUGGUGGAGAGCCCGGAGUCGGAAGGAUAUGGAGUGCUGGAUACCGGCGCCACGGAGACGGUUGGUUCCCUGACGGCUCUGGAGCGCAUUGUUCUUGGCCGUAGGCAUGUUCUGGGAGUCAAGGAGGAGAUCAAGGUUGUCCCCGCCCCGUUGAAGUCCUUCAAGUUCGGCAACGGGGCCAUCCAGAAGAGCGAGAGCUAUCUCCUGCUACCCCAGAACCUUGGAGACCGGCGCCUAUCUCUUGGCAUCUACACCCUGGAUGCGCCGGGCGUCCCCGUGCUGAUCGGCAUCAAGACCCUCGGGAAGUUGCAAGCCAUCAUAGACGUCUUCAAAGGAGUUAUCAUCAUGCAGGCGGUGGAUCCAGCCAUCGCCAUCCCGUUAGUGAAAAGCAGAUGCGGCCACCUCCUGAUCAAUCUGCAGGAGCCUCGCUACUCUCCCGCCAUGGCAUCCGAGAAGGAGACGACCAGGGACCCCCUCAAUGGCAAGACACCCGAGAUCGUCCCGGCGAGCAAGGGAGCAGCGAAGGCCAAGGUCAAGACCAAACCAACGACUGGUCCCCUGGGGGAGAAGUUCGACUACGGACGACAAGUGGGGCCAGACCCUCGAGAUCCUCGCCUGACCGGGCCACCAUGCAACGGCAACCAUCAGGAAGCACGUCCCGGCCGGGGUUCGGUUUCGGGAUCCAACGCCCAUGCCAUUUGGACGGCGUGUGCGGUGUGCAGACUCAGGCUGAGCUACACCCCAGCCUACGGAGCUCAUGCCAUGACCCGCCAGGCCGGACCGUUGCCGAGCGACACAAAGGAGGUGGUGGAGUCCCUUGGGAACGAGGCGGCGCACAACCCUCUUCUCAAGAACCAGGCGAUCUGCCUCGAGGGAGCGGAAAGAAGCUUGAUGAAGCGCCUGGAGGUGAUCAAGGCUCAGAAGGCGAAGGCGCUCGCAAAGCAGGGCUACCACGAGGAGAACAUCAAGGAAGAGGGUGUUUCUCAGCCCAGCGAUGCGGAGGAGCUCAAGACGACUCCAGGAGUACGACGCCCAGACGGAAAGCUCCUGGACGGUGACUUCGCCAUCGUGAAGGGUGAGGACACCCUGGAGUAUGACAACCUCGGUGUCUACCAGCCGGUGGAGAAGUUCCCGUUGGCCGAUGAGGACCUGCUGUAUCUUUUGGAGAAUGUCAAGGAUACCCAGGACCGCAUCGAGGAGGCUUUUCAAGUUUGUGGUGGCGUGCCGGAACCGUGGGACGUGCUGGAGCUCUGCUGUGGACCGGAGAGCCUACUACUUCAAGAAGUACAACGUGCUGGUGGUCGUGGAGGUCGAGCUGGUUUGUUCAACAACUGCGACCUCAUGAAGAAUGAGGGCCUCCAGAACGUGCUCAACAUGAUCAAGCAGCAUCGUCCCCGAUGGCUCUGGAUAAGUCUUCCCUGCGGGCCAAGCUCUCCCAUCCAGAACCUCAACGAGAUCACCGAGGAGGGCAAGAGAAAAGGGGAUCUUCGCCGCAAGAAGUCGAAGGCUAUGGUGAAGAGAGCGCUGAUCGUGGCGCGAUACCAGACGGCGGCCAAGGCGAUGAUGCAGCAAACUGCAGCGGCCUAUGGCUCGACAGAGCCCCAGGCAAAUGCCCUCGGCGGGCUCACUUCCCAGGAGAUCAACAAGCUGGCGGAGACGGUCCUGAAGCUCCACCGUCAAUGUGGACACCCGAGCAGCAGGGCGCUCAUCAGGGCCCUGAGAUCGAGGGGAGCGUCAGAGCAGAUGCAAGCAGUGGCUCACCAGCUGAACUGCCCGGAAUGCCAGGAAGGUCGCAUGGCAACGCCUAUGACCCAGGUUUCCUUGGAGAAGGCAGACACCCUGUGGCACACCGUGCAGAUUGACACCUUCUACAUGCGGAUCGGCACGGAGGUGCACCACUUCCUUCUCUACCUUGACGAGGCUUCGGGCUACGUGGUGACCGACGAGAUCGUGACCCACCCAGAUGACCAGCACGAGAACGUGGCGACGCCAGAGAUGUUGGAGUCCCUUCAGAAGAGCUGGAUCCAGUACUUCGGCAUGCCCAAGCGGAUCCGGUUGGAAGACCUCAACCCAGCUUCAGCCUCGCAUGCGCAGUUGCCUGGUCAUCCCCUGGAAGUGCAACUACGCCUUCGCCGAGAAGCCGAAGCACAGUACAAGAAGCAGCAAGACCUGGCCAAGCUGAGCCGGGCAACCAACUCGCGAGCAGCCCCGGUGAAUCAGUUUUUGCCGGGAGACCUCGUCUACUACAAGCGGUUCAAGACCCCUCGAUCCUUGAAACUUGGGCUAAAGCAGAGAUCUGAGCUGCGAGGGAGAAGCCGGAGCCGACUUCGAAUGGAACGCCGGAGUAGCGAGCCCAAGAUCCCUUUCAAGCCAGAACCACAGGAAGAUGACGAGCUCAUCGAGGAUCCGGAGAGUCGCAAGCGCCAGCUGUCGGAAACUCCGGCAUCACCCGAGGACGAGAUCGACAUCGAUCGGCUGCUCUCCGACCUGAAUUACAACCCGCUGGAACGAUAUACGCCGGAGGAACGGGAGAAGUUCCGGAAGAAGAGAAUGAGCCAUGAAGGAGAGGAGAUUCCCCUUCAUGUGAGGAAGAGCCUGCCUGCCGCUUCCUCUUCGAGUCCUGUCCAGUACGUCGCUGAGGAAGAGGCAGAGAAUGGCAUCUUCGGCAUCACCAUCCCGACCCCCGCGAAUGAGAUGGAGUGGAAGAAGAUCGUGAAGAACCCAGCCAAGUUCGCGGCCAAGAACGUCCAGAAGGGCGCGGAGGACGCGACGAUCAAAGUGGACGCGGCUCUGGUCAUCGACGCGAAGUCCGUCUAUGACGCCUUCUGGAAGGAGGACACUGGUGACAAGCAGACAGGACCAGACAUGCCUGGGUUCUUUGAAGGCUUCCUGACCUUUGGGCAGGCGAGCCUUGAGCAGAUCAGCACUCCACAUCAGAGGUACGAGGAUGCUGAAGCCACUUACAAAAAGGGGCUGCAGCUCUCGCCAGAGGAUUCGUCCUUGAAAGAAGGCUUGCAAAAGGUCAUGGAUGCCAAGUACGAUGUGGGCCCUAUGUCUGGAGGGGAUGAGGCUGAGGACUUGCUUGGCAAGUUCGAUGCCAACUCCCUGACAAUGGCAGCAGCGCGGAAUCCGAAAGUCAAAGAGUACAUGAAAGAUACUCUGUUCAUGCAGCGGAUCAAUGCUCUCAUGGGAAUGACCAGUUCUGCUGGCGCUCUAAAGGAGCAGAUGGUGAUGCAGCUUAUCCAACAGGAUCCACGCAUCCUGGAGGCCCUUGCUGCAGCUCAAGGACUUGUGGUUCGAACAGGAGCCGACUUUGCCCCAGAAGACGUGAAGGCGGAAGCUGGACCGCAACCGAAGGAGCAGACGGGUCCAAAGGAAAAGACUCCAGAAGAUACUCGCACGCCAGAACAAAAGCAGGCGGAUGAUCUCAAAGCAGAAGGCAACAGGCUUUACAAGAAGCGCAAAUUUAGCGAAGCCAUGGAGCAGUACGACAAGGCUCUUGAGAAAGCACCGGAUGACCUCACCUAUCAUAACAACAAGUGCGCAGUAUGGAUGGAAAUGGGUGAGGAGAACUACCCGAAGGUGCUGAAAACCUGUGAAGAUCUGAUUUCCAAGCGCUACGAAAUCAAUUCCCGAAAUCCGGGAGGAGCCUCCUUUGAAAAAGUGGCGAAGGUGUAUACUCGAAUGGCAUCUGUUUAUGAAAAGCAGAAGCGAUUUGAUGAAGCCAUUGCCAUGUACAACAAAGCGCUGACGGAGGACAACAACAGGCUGACACGGAACUUGCUCAGAGAGGCCGAACGAGCCAAGGAGAAGUACGAGAAGGACAAGUAUUUGGAUUCUGCCAAAGCAGAAGAGCACAGGGAGAAAGGCAAUGCGCUGUUCAAAGCUAACAACAUGGUUGCGGCCAAGCAGGAGUAUGAUGAAGCAAUCCGACGGAACCCAAAGGAUGCUAAACUCUACUCCAACAGAGCCGCCACCUUCACCAAGCUCCUGGCGUAUCCGGACGCGCUGAGAGACUUGGAGGAGUGCCUGAAGCUUGAGCCGACCUUUGUCAAAGCCUACUCAAGGAAAGGAGCUGCGCACUUCUUCUUGAAGGAGUACCACAAGGCAUUGGAAGCGUAUGAGGCAGGCUUGAAAUUGGAGAAGGACAACGAAGAGUGCCAAAGGGGAAGAGAGCAGGUCAUUGCAAAGAUCAUGGAGACCCAGUCUGACGCAGUAGAUGAAGAACAGGUGCGGCAUGCUAUGGCGGAUCCGGAGAUUCAGAAGAUGCUUCACGAUCCACAGGUGCGCAUGUUCUUGAAGACCUUGCAGGAAAGCCCUGCAGAGGGUGAAAAGGCCAUGAGAAGUGAUCCUAAGCUUGCGGAGAUUGUGUCAAAGCUGAUGGCAGCAGGCAUAAUUCGAACCAAGUGA